AUGUUCAUCCGGUGGAGCGCGCUGUUUACCGUUCUGUUUGUGUGGAGUUAUUCGGAAUCGGCACUUGACAACCGUAACCAGACGGAGGUUGAUGCACCCACCCAACACGGUCUUUCUCACCGGAACGAAAACCCGCUCGUCGAUAACCAGACACUUGAAAAGCCGCAGGACUCAGCUGUGGUGAACGCGGCCAAGCGUGUGGACGAGGAAAAGGAAGCGAGAGGGUUGUUGACUUCGUUCAAACCCUUUUGGAGGGAGGAUCCAUCGAUAUCGGCUGCACGCGAGUACUUGCAGUCAAAGCCUCACCCGGAAGAAGCUUUCGAGACGUUAGGCAUCGCGACGGCUCAAGAGCAUCUCGCGGUCAAUGCGGUCUUGAAACUCUGGAUCAAGUAUGCACAGAAGUACAGACGCAGUAGAAAAGAGAGCAGGUGGUACAAACCCGAAAAGGCUUUCAAGCUGCUGGCGAAAGACCACCCGGUAGUCGACGUCGUCGACUGGUUCUAUCGACUUGGCAUGAAGGAAGAUGCGGACAGCAUACGUGCUCUCCUGUCCGGAUUCGACUUCCCAGCGGUUCGCAGGUCGAUGAAUGCCAAGUGGCUGGCGUCGAAAACAGACCCUGAAGUAGUUCUCAAGCUUCUGGGCGUCGGCAAGUUCUCUAUCCUGGAGGACCCGGACGCCUUUCACUGGAUUCUGUACUGCGAUCAGUUCCGAAAGCUGUACGGAGAUGCAGCUUUUCCUGUGGAGGACAUCGUGCAAGUUGUAGUGGGGACGAAGUCGCUCUCGCACCCGCUGUUGUACGGAGUGUUUUUCCAGAAAGUCAGGCAAUACAACGUCGAGCUGACGGAUCUCGCCGAGCAGAUGCACAAUGCGCUCUACGAGCCACUGCUAACAACAGAGAAGCUGUCGCCCAUCGUGUUCUACCACUACCUGGUCCUGCUACACCAUCGGAAGGUCUUGGGCCUAUCGAAGGCGGAUCCGUGGUUCCGUACGUUGAGAGCCUACACGAUCUCGUAUGCAUCCAUGACAGGCGACGAUCGCAAAGCGCAAACCGUCUUUGACGACAAGGAACCGGCAGAAAUCCUCGCGUACUUGGCUGCAAUGGAGUAG